GGUGAAGACUCGCAUCGCUUGGGCUAAGGAACCGCACGAAAAGGUCAACGCGCGCGCUGGCAAGAAACGCAAUAUUGAGGGAGCGGAUGGAGAAUUUGCUGCUGCCGCAGGCCAGGAAGGUGAAUGUGUCGAACCAGCAGCGGCGCAACCACCUGAGGGCCAGUUUCCUGCUCCCGCGGUCGACGCCCCUGGUGAGGCCAUGGGAGCCACCGACCCAGCCAUAGAGGCCGCCGCGGCGUCCAUCUCGGCGAGCAAGACGGCGGCGGCCCAUGCAGCGGCCCGCCUGGGGCAGGAGGCGCUCAAGGCCGUCGGCAGCAGCAGCGGCAGCAUGCCAGGCAGCAAGCCAGGCAAGGGAGCCAAGAACCCCCGUGGCAAGGUGGCAGAUAGCAAGUGAGAGGCGCAGUCGGGGCCUCCUUUCGACGAGGCGCAGGACGCCCCGACCCCAAACGGCACCGGCACCAGCGCCAAGGUUUUGAACCUAUUCGAUGCUCUCUUCUACAAGAUCAGCAUCGACGAGGCCAUCGCUGCAGACGCGCCAGCUACUGCGGCAUGUACCGCACAGCGCUCAGCGCCUGCAGUUUCAAUUUCGAUUUCUGCCACGGCAGAUUGCUCGGGAUCGCAGGCGGCGGGCGCCUCGAGUUCGGGGACUUUGUCGUCGCCCACCUCCAUGCUGCAACGGGCCGAGGGGGGGCAGGCUGGUACGCCAGCCUCGGGCGUGGCGCCAGGCGCGGGUUUGCCCCCCUGGCCUUGCCGCGGCCCGCCCCCCUCGGACCAGGCAACGGAGGCCUUUCAAGAUGCUCCGCCAGUCGCUUCUGCUGCUGACGUCUCCCAAGGAGGGGGUGACCAACCGACCGACGAAUGCAGCCUCUUCUCUGCGAAUUGAACCAACGUGGG